AUGACUUCGCACCCGAGGCCAGCUGUGCGACAUGACAUUCAUGUAGGCAUCGUCUGCGCACUGCCACACGAAGCGGAUGCCAUUGCCCUUCUGUUCGACUGUUUCUGGGACGAUGGCGGCGAAGCGCCCCUUGGUCGUGCUGUCGGAGACACCAACGCAUACACAGCCGGACGCAUCGGGCAGCACGAUGUCGUCCUCGUCGUUCUGCCGAAUAUCGGUACAUCGGCCGCAGCGGCAGCGGCAGCAAGUUUUCGCUCGAGCUACAGUGGCCUCAAGCUCAUAUUCCUCGUAGGUAUCUGCGGCGGGGUGCCCGAGGUCGCCGGACAGGAUGUGUUCCUAGGCGACGUCGUUGUGAGCAGAUCAAUCGUGCAAUACGACUACGGGAGGCAGUACCCGGAGAGUUUCCAGGUCAAGACUUCCGUGAACGACAGCCUAGGCCGAGCAAGCAAAAACAUUCGGAGCAUUCUCGCUAGCCUGGAGAUGGAGAUCAACAGAGAGCGGCUGCAAGCUCAAGCCGGAAAACAUCUGAACACCUUACAGGCUGCCGCGCUUCGCAAGCGGUGGCGCAGAGACUAUGGAUACCCCGGUGUUGCGCAAGAUCGGCUGUUUGACAGAGACUAUGUCCAUGAGCACCACAGUGCUUGUGGGCUGUGUGCUAAAGAGCCCGCUCCAUUCUGUGAGUCGGCUUCGCAGGCACUGUGCAAUGACCUAGCCUGCGACGAGUCUCGAUUGGUUCGAAGAGAGCACCAUCUGGACGAGGACCAAUACGAGCCGAACAUCUUGGUCGGGUGCAUUGGGUCGGGGAACGCGGUGAUGAAGUCGGGCCGAGAUCGCGAUCGCAUCGCUCAAGCGCAUGGCUGCAUAGCCUUUGAGAUGGAAGGGGCGGGGGUAUGGGAGGAGAUUCCAUCUAUCGUCGUCAAGGGCAUUUGCGACUACUCCGAUAGCCACAAGGACAAGCGAUGGCAAAACUUUGCGGCAGCUACUGCGGCAUGCGUGACUCGGGCCAUCCUGGAGCGGCAUGUUCCCUCCGAAGACGGCGCAACGGCGUCGGCACCUCCAGGCCAAGAUAACAGUACGUUGUGCAUCGAAGUCCCAGGUCCAUGA